ACUGACAAACCCAGCUCCCUCUACUGUAGCAGAAUUUAAUCCAUCUCUCUGUUGGAACUAGUCCAUGUUGAAAAAAAAAAGAGGAUGUUGCCUUCCGAAGGGGAGCAAGCGUGGAUAUAGAAGAAAGAAAACAGGGAAGAGAUAGAGACGAGCAUUUAGGCAAACCUAGACCGAUUGGGCAAAACAGCUUGGUGUCAGGACUCGCUUAAUCGUUAGUUGUCCGUACUGCUUCAACUGGGUGUAGACAUCAUUUACGCAAGAUGUCUAGCAUUGUGGAAAAAGUUGGUAAACAACACCCACGUAUAGCUGUGUGCCAGUUAACAUCGUCUGCGGAUAAAGAAGAGAACUUUUCUGUUUGCAGAUCGCUUAUUGAGAAGGCCAAAUCUCAAGGAGUACAGAUGGUAUUUUUACCAGAAUGUUUUGAUUAUAUUGGAGAAUCCAUAAAGCAGUCUUUGGAACAAUCUGAGAGUCUUGAUGGUCAUUUAGUAUCUAAAUACAAGGGUGUUGCUAAAGAACUACAAAUAUGGUUGUCGUUGGGUGGAUUUCAUCAAAAAAACACGGACCAAUUUGUGAAAAAUACACAUAUUAUUAUCAACAGUGAUGGCCAUGUUGUUACAACCUAUGAAAAAAUCCAUAUGUUUGAUGCAGACAUCAAAGGCUUGAGUUUACAUGAGAGUGAUUAUACAACACCUGGCAAAUGUAUUAAACCCCCUGUAGUGACACCUGUUGGAAAAGUUGGCUUAGGGAUUUGUUAUGAUUUACGUUUCCCAGAAUUAGCUUUGAUUUUGGCCAGACAAGGUGCAGAAUUAUUAACUUAUCCUUCUGCUUUCAUGGAACCAACUGGUAUUGCUCAUUGGGAAUCAUUACUUCGGAGCCGUGCCAUUGAAAGCCAGUGCUAUGUUAUAGCAGCUGCACAAGUUGGCCGACAUAAUAAGAAACGCUCAUCGUAUGGACAUGCAAUGGUAAUUGAUCCAUGGGGAAGCAUUAUUGCUGAAUGUAGUAAAGGAAUAGGGCUAUGUACUGCAGAAAUCAAUAUGGAUUUAUUACAUGAUGUCCGAUUAGAGAUGCCUGUUUGGCACCACAGACGUAAUGACCUCUACAAUCAAAUAUAUUCUUUCUCCACUGAAAAUACCACUGUAGAUGAACAGGAAACAUAUAAAUUUGGUCACAUUGAUAUUCCUUCAACACAAGUGUUUCUUAAUACACCAUUUUCUUUUGCAUUUGUCAACAUCAAACCUGUAUUACCUGGACAUGUUUUAAUUUGUCCAAAACCAGUUGUUUCUAGUUUCUCUGAGGUAAGCGAUGAGCAUACAUCUGAUUUAUGGUGUACAGCACGCAAAGUCGGUGAUGUAGUCAAGAAACAUUUUAAUGGAACUUCUCUGACUUUUGCUAUUCAAGAUGGCCUAGAAGCAGGACAAAGUGUUAAGCAUGUUCACGUUCAUGUAAUUCCAAGAUUUGCUGGUGAUUUCUCAGAAAAUGAUGACAUUUACAGAAAGCUGCAAGAAAAGCCUGUUCAAGGCAAAACAUUAAAGCUUAGAACUAAGGAAGAAAUGGAAGCAGAGGCCAGAGUACUUCGUACUUACUUUACGUAGGACAUUUUAAACAGACCUGCCUACUAGAAGCAUAUAGAUUCGGUGAAUUAAUGGCAUUUGUAUCACAUGAAAUAAAUGGUAUUUAAAGAAUGAGUUUAUUUUUCAUAGAGGAGAAUUAGUGAUGUCAUAUAGCCAGCAGCCAAAAAUGUCUGACCAUAUGAUUACAACCAGACUGUUUUAAAUAUCUUGCGACAUGCAUAGCUAUUAAAUGUAUGGCCAUUUUGUAAUAAAUAUUUAUCUGUCGAUGUAAAAAAAGGAGCUGUAUAUUUACAUCAAGACAAACAUUUCCUGUCUUGUGAGGAUUCCAACCAGUUCAAAGUAGACUUGCCAACCUUCAAGUAAUUCCCACAAAUUUAUUAAGAGUUUGCUUUUUUUUUUCUUUUUAAAUGCUUAAUAAUAAACACAGUACAUGAUGAAAACGAUGAUGAUGAUAAUGAUGAUAAUAAUAUGGAAAACUCAUUAAUAAAUUAAAAUUCCCUUUUA